AUGAAAAUAGAUGGAAUCAAUACAAGGAUUAUUUCAUUAGCACCGAGUUGGACUACUGUUCCCGCUGGAACAAUUCUUACAGUGUCGGGAUGGGGUAAAACAACCGAGAACGGUACUGUAUCGUCUAGUUUGAUGGCGGUCCGAGUUCCAGCAGUGUCUAGUGAGGACUGCGGGAAGUCCUACAAUAACAUACAUAUGGAAAUAACGAUUAAUAUGUUUUGCGCUGGAUUUCUGGAGGGCGGCAAGGACUCUUGUCAGGGUGAUUCAGGAAGCGCGGCAGUGUCAGAUGGCAUUCAACGAGGGAUAGUUUCCUUCGGCAAAGGCUGCGCUCGUCCAGGCUAUCCUAGUGUUUACACGAAGACCACGUAUAGGAAGGUUAAUUAUUUGAGGAAAAUUAUAAUUUCAGAUGUGUUAUGCAAGAAACAUGCACAAAGUAAUAAGACAAUAGACGGUAAAAUAGUCGGAGGUUCAGAAGUUAGUAUAAAAGAUUACCCAUAUCAAGCUCAUCUGCUGAUUGAAACGGACAAAGGCUAUUAUGGAUGCGGCGGUUCGAUUAUAAGCAACAAUUAUAUUUUGACUGCAGCACACUGUUUACCCAAUGCCAAAAAAGUUUAUGUCAGAGUAGGAAGUGAUUAUGCGGAUAUAGGUGGCGAAGUAAUACAAUCAACAGAUCUUAAAACGCAUCCCAAAUACAAUUCCAAGACGAGCGACUUUGAUGUUGGACUUAUUCGACUACCGUCUAAUAUAGUUUAUGAUGAUACGAAACGAGCAAUCAAAUUGCCUGCUAAAGGAACUGAUAUUCCCUCGGGAACUCGGCUUAUUGUAUCCGGGUGGGGUGCUACUUCCGAAAAUGGAGAUUCCAGUGACGUUUUAUUGGCAGUGACCGUGCCAACUCUAACAAAUGCUCGCUGUCGCUUAUCAUAUCGAAGUCUUACGGGUAACAUGGUUUGUGCUGGUGUUCCUCAAGGAGGAAAAGAUUCUUGCCAGGGUGACUCUGGAGGACCAGCAGUGGCGAGUAGCACGCAACUAGGGAUAGUAUCAUUUGGAGUGGGCUGUGCUCGCCCCGGCUUCCCCGGGGUCUACGCUAGGGUAGCGAGCCCUGGCAUCCGGGACUGGAUAAAAGACAAUUCCGGCGUUUAA